AUGAGCUUUGCACGCACAACGGCCGGCGGCAUGCUGCGCCGUCUGGCGGGCGGCCCGGAGACGCGGCGAUGCACAGGAUCGUUUUCGGCUGCGACGACAACACCGUCAAUACACACGCCGUCACCAUCACAACAAGCAGCCCCCGAGCCUUGCUUAUCCGCCCCGUCGUCCUCCCCCCGCUCCGUGCCCUUCUUCGUCCAGGCAAGCCACUUCCACACGUCUGCGCCGCGUCCGGCCCGCCGCCGCCCCCGCUUCAACAGCGUACCAGCCGCUGAGCUGGGCCUGGUCGACGACGCCUCGAUCAGCGAAUUCACAAAGAAGCACUUCCCGGACGUCUCUGCAGAGGACAAGGAGGUCUACCAGGAAAAGUACACACCCGCCCAGCUGGCCGCGCUCGAGGCUGCUGAGGCUGCUGUCGACCCACGCGAUCUGGCGCUGCAGGGCCGUCUGCGCAGCACGGCUGCCGCUCGUGUUGCCGGCAUCAACUACUACGACGACUUUAGCAAGGUCCAGCCCGUCGUCGACCGCCGCCCGCGCGACCCGGCGGCCGCCCAGAACGUCGCCACGGACUUUACGACCAUGGACGAUGAUACGUUUAUCGACGAUAUGGAGGAGUGGGCCAUGUCGUUUGUCGCCGACAAGUCGAUCAACUGGGAGGGCAUGUCCCUCGAGGAGCGCGUGGAGUAUGCCGAGAAGCACGGACCCUCGGACUUGGAUGUCUUCAAGUACCUGCACGAGCGCCCCACGCUUGUGCACAGGGACGGCAAGACGCGCAUCCGGCCCGAGGAGACGGGCAACUCGAGCAUGGCGCUGGGCCUGCCGUACAACGUGCCCGGCAUCAGCUCCGAGGAGUCGCGCGACGCCACCCUCGUGGACCCGGACGACGACGGCUUGGACGAGGCGGGCAACUACACCGACCUGGUCCACCGCACGGGCCUCCAGGUCGGCGAGAUUUUCUCGCUCGCGACCAAGGAGCUGGCCGUGCGCAUGGUGAGCCAGCAGACGCGUUUGGGCAAGAUCCGCAAAUUCUCCGUCCUGGCCAUUGCCGGCAACGGCGACGGCCGUCUGGGCCUGGGCUCCUUCAAGUCGACCGAAUUCACGACGGCGCGGUCCAAGGCCAAGGAGGCCGCCAUCCGCAACAUGCGGCCCAUUCCGCGCUACGAGAAGCGCACCAUUUACGGCAACGUCGAGCAGAAGAUCUCUGGCACCGUGGUCAGGCUCUUUUCUCGUCCUCCAGGCUUCGGUCUGCGUGUGCCCCAUCACAUCUUUGAAAUGGCCCGUGCCGCCGGUAUCCAGGACCUUGCCGCCAAGAUCCCCCGGUCGCGCAACCCGAUGAACGUCGUCAAGGCUACCUACGCCGCCCUCAUGAAGCAGCGCGACCCCGAGCAGAUUGCCAUUGGCCGCGGCAAGAAGCUGGUCGACGUGCGCAAAGUCUACUUUGGUGGUGCUGUAUACUAG